AUGCGAGAACUGGAGCACGAUAACAUCAACCGGUUCCUUGGACUAUGCCUUGAUGGACCACAACUUCUUUCAAUAUGGAAAUACUGUGCCCGAGGUAGUGUGAACGACGUUAUCACUAAAGGAUCAGUGUCAAUGGAUAACGUAUUCGUGUUUGCUCUGCUGCGCGAUAUCGCAAAUGGAUUGGCCUUCAUUCAUCAUUCUUUCCUACAAUACCACGGCUUUCUCACGUCUGAAUGUUGUCUGGUAGACGAUCGCUGGCAGGCAAAAAUCUCUGACUAUGGGCUGAAAAAGCUGCGAGUGCACGACAAGCUCUCCCCUGAA